CGAAAGGUUGCAAGAUUCAAGGGGGCCGAAUACUUUUGCAAGGCACUGUAUAUGGUGCUAAAUGGUAAUUAUUCACUUUCCUUUAUUUUUUUAUACCGUUUCAAGUAUACUCCUCUAUAAGAUCUUACGUAAUCCAAUGUUUACUUUUCACUUAAAUAAGUCAAUAAUGGUUUUUUCAAAUCUAAAAACACAUUUCUCUAAUAAAAUAGAAUGUCACCUCUAUAGCCCAGGAGCACUGAAGUAACAAAUUACAAACAUAUGUAUUUAAUAUAUACCUAAAAAUGCCAUUAAGCUUGAUAACACACAUCACUUAAAAGUUAGGAUUUUUUUCCCCCACGUAUUUCAAUUGAAUUUCUAUUUGUGUCAACUGUCAAGCCAUUUUUAAGUUCUCGUUAAGUUUUAAGUUAGUCUAAACUGUCCUUAUGGAGGAAGUCGGCGUGAUGUCACCUCGCUUAGCAACAUGUCGCCAUUUUGUGAAGGGGGUACACACAGCUAAACAUUCUAUAGACAAACGUCUGAAAUUCAUAUAUUUCAGUUGUGUUUUGCGUCUUUUUUCCUAACAACGUCUUAAACUUGGCUUACCAUUAUCACGAGUCACUGCCGACAGACGCGAGGAGGCGAUGCAAUUUAAAAUUUGCGUUUAUUGGCGUUCAAAGCUGCCGAUACAAAGUCGCAUCUGAUAGCUGGAUAAACAAAGGAAUGGCCUGCAGUGGAGUUCGGAAACAUCUACAACUACCUCAAAGUCACUCAUGACGUCCGCUCCCACGUUGGAUGUCGUCGUGACGAUCAGAGAGACGUGGCAAUGUCAGACUGCAGGCCGCCGCCUGGCCGACGUGGUGCUGGCGGUUGACGUUACCGGGUCGGAUGACGGCGGAGAGGAACAGAAGCUAAGGGGGGAAUUCGGGGAUGACGGCGUGCUGUUGGAGCGACUGGACGCUGAAAACACCGACCCCUGCGUCCUGACAGUGAGCUGCGGCCGCGCCGCCGUCGGCCGCCUGAUGAUCGUCAGCGAGGCCCGGACCAUGGAGGUGUACCUCCCCUCUGGGGAAUACUGUGCGACGGUCCGGGGUGAGAAGCAGGAGCACAUCCAGCAAGGCGACAGAGGACCAUUCUACAGAAAGCAGCUCAGCCUGGACGCCGCGCCGUCGUCCUGCGACGUUAAGCUGCUCUCUCUUUCGAGCGGAAGCAGCGUAAUGGUGCGUACCCUAGUGGUAGGACUGCGGCCGGCGGCACCAAGCCGUCCUGAAGAAAGCGCCAUCGACUUGCAGCGCGUCCAAAGUCUAGUGGACGAGAUUGGCGCCGGCCUCUCACCGGGGGCUCGGAACCUCAUGGACAUGGUGCGACUCCAGCAGAAGAACCAGAACAGCUUCCUGCCUCUCCUGAUGGGUGGGGGGUUCUUGUCGGCGUUGGCCCGGGCACCGAAUGUCGGGAGCGCCUUUGCCGCGCAGCCCGAAUCGGACUCCGUAGCGCCCGGAAACCGGGCGGCUUCAGCAGAGAUGCUGUGCGACUUCCUGAAGGGCCGACGGGACGGCGUGGGCUCCGCUCCCCCUGAGGUGCUGAGGGAGCUCUGCGGUCAGGUGACGCGGCUCCGACUGGACCGGGAAACGAUGCCUCCCAUUGCCGCCACGGCGUCUAUGGAGCGCCGCCUAGAGGAGAUGGAGCGCCGUCUGAAGGAGCACAUGGACCGCCGCCUGGACGCGCUGGAACUCAAACUGGAGAGAGCGCUACUCGCCAUCCUCCCGCAGGGGGCGUCCUCGGGCCUCCCGCCCGAGGAACCUGCGAACGGUAACCGGACGAGAGAAGCGGCAUCGCUCUGAUCUGCGUGCGCUUGCGCUAACUACUACCAAAAUUUGGAUUUAUGAGCAAGCUGGUACGGAACUAACUCAUCGGUAAAUUGCAGCGAGCUCGUUCAACUAACGGCUGAUUAAAAUGACGAACAGGAUUUGCUAACAUGUUUACGCACUGAAUCGGGAACUGAAUGUUCUUCUUCUGUACUGUCACAUUUUUUUGAUUGAUCAAGUUAAAAUAAUGGUUAUUUGCAGCCCUGUAAUGUAUUAAAAUCUGACCCGCGGUUGCUUUUCUCAGUUAAGGUUGAAAAAACACAAAAUAAUAAUCAUAAGAAAUAUACUCAAUGUAUUGAUACCUGAAAAAAUGACUGCUCUCACAAGCAAUACAGCAAAUUAACGGACAUGAUGUGACCUGACAUAAUGACCUGUUAUUACUAAAUAAAUGUCAUUAUACUGAAAAUUGUACUUUUUAAAAAAUAUUUGUAUUUUAGUUGAUAUUUUUUGUUAUUCUUUUCUAAAAAAAAAAUGUAUGAGUGUAUAUUUACCACGUGACACAUUUUGCGACCCGGUUGAGCCCACCUGCUCAGUAGCAUUGUGUUUGUAACACAUGACAUUAAUGACUGGAAGCACAUUAAAAACAGAAAAAAGUCAAUUGGUUGGAUUUUUUAG